UUCAAUCUAACUCUUUCUUCCUUUCUUUAUGUCUACUUCUCAUUUCCACAAAACAAAGCAUAAGAUUCAUAUCAUCACCGACAGCAACAACAAAAAAAACAUCACACACAGAGAAACAAAAAUGUCCGAACAAGAACCACAUCCACCGUCAAACGACCUAUGUUCAAUCUGCCACGGAACCUUCCAAAUCCCAUGUCAAGCAAACUGCUCCCACUGGUUCUGCGCAAACUGUAUACUCCUUGUUUGGCGCCACACUUCCGGCAUUCAGCCGUGCAAAUGUCCGCUCUGUCGUCGACCGAUCAACCUCCUGGUUCCGACGAAUGGCAUAAACAACGAGGAUUCGCAGCAGAUUCUGUCGGAGAUUCAGAUUUAUAACCGGACUUUUGGUCGGCAAUCUGAUGCUCCUAUUGCUCAGAGGAUUCUUGAUCUUCCGUUUCUGCUGAGGAGGCUGUUUAGGGAUUUUGUUAAUCCUGAUAACUCGCUUCCGGUUGUUAUCAAAGCUCGGAUUUUUCUUUCGAUGAUACUGAGUGUCAUAUACAUCGUCAGCCCGAUUGACAUCAUUCCAGAAGGAAUAUUCGGAGUGAUUGGUUUCUUGGAUGAUGCUCUAGUUGCACUAAUCUUCUUCCUACAUGCUGCUGCCAUUUAUAGAUCAGUUCUUUACCUCCGUCAUGGGGGUGCAUAAGUAAAGUUGUGAAAUGAGAUGUUGCGUUUUCUUCCAUCUUGUGAAAAAUUGACUAUAACCUGUUUUGUACAUAAGAUAGACAUGCUUUAGAUCAGUUUGUAAUUUGGAUUUAGCAAGAGGUUAAUCUAUAAGCUCCAUUUAGAUUUCAAAUAUCUUGUAGAGCCAAAAGAAAUAUCAAAGUUUAUCUUUCUCAAUAAGGGGAACAUGGAACCUGACCCUGUAUUAGUUUUAAGCUCUAAGAAAAUCCAGAGAAAAGUAUGUCUCCUAACACCGGAGCGAAUCAUAGUUUUUUAAUACAAACUAUGUGUUCUCUGCGCACAACUGCAAAUAUUAGGACUGUUCAAAAAAAGGUAUGAACUGAAUUGUCGAACCGAACCGAAUUAAAGUUAAAAUAAUCAAACAGUUAUGUUUGAUUAUUGAUCUGAACCGGUAUUUUACUAACUGUUCUAGAACUUACCAAGUUGAAAUUAACCAAAACUGAACCUUUAAAACAUGAAAACUGAAGUGUUUUAGCAGUAUAGCACAUCCUUAGCAGUAUGCCUACAUUCUCUGUGAAUAUCUGUAUAUAAUUGAACAUUAGUGUUAUUA